GCACCAUGGAAGCCAGCCGAGAGAUACAUUUUCAAUCUACAUAGAGGCAACGUGUUGAUGGAUGAAUCCGAUGACAGCACCAAUCCUGUUCAGUUCCACGGACUUCUCCUCUCCUGUCGUGUCAUCUACCAAGAAACAGCUGUCCUGCUGUACUCAGCCAACAGUUUUGUCGCCUACUUGGAGGAUGACUGUGACCGUCUGCUGGCCCUGACCACAACUGCAAUCUCUUCACUCACUCAUCUCAAGAUUGUUGUCAACCAAAAUUCCUGCCACCAGCAAUGCACCCAGUGCAUCAACUCCCGGAUUGAGGAUUCUAGUCUUUAUUGCUACCACCAACCGACCCCCGAACCUUGCGAUGAGGAUGCUUCACAGGCAGCAGACCAACCACCGAAUGGGCGCCUUUUGACCAGCUCAGAUACAACAACCGAAAGCCUGUUUGAGAAUUGGCGUUCAGCUAUUGAGCAUCUCUCUGCGAGUCUUUUGCCUGGUCGCCUCACAUUAUCCGUGGUUUGCGAUGUCGCGCACGAUGACCUCAAGGCUGGCAAGCUUGUUGUCGCCCCAAUGGCUUUACUGCCACGACUUGAUGACUGCCACAUUAGGCUUAGCUGGAGGGCCAAUGCAAAGCUUCAACAGCUUGCUCGCGACGCUGUUGAGCAGGCACGCUGCAUUGCAUUGCCAAAGUCCACUGCCCCUUCUUCUUCCUCGCCUCUUCUGCGUCUUCCACGUGAGCUGCGGUUGCGUAUACUCGCAUACACAGAUCUUGUGACCCCAAUUAGGGAGGUGUCAUGGGAUGGGGAAACUUACAAAGCUGAUGGGUCUUCAAAUUACCAUUCGUGGCAUCGCGCGGGCUUUGUCAAUGAGACACUCGCUAGAUGCCGAAGCGACCAUCAUUAUGGGUGUCAAUUCAAAAGCUGCUGGUCUCGAGGCUCAGCUGACCGCUACAUUGGUUGUUUCUGUUCGGUUCGACACGCCGCCGUCUCAUCAACAUGCCGUUGUUGGUCACCACCGACGCCGCUCUUUCUUGUUUGUCGCAGUCUGUGUUACGAGGCUCAGCAUGUGUUCUUUUCCUCGAAUCGUUUCAUAGUUCACGAUCAUGUCUACACUGAUACCAACUCGGGAACUCGGAUGCAAUCUACAUGGGGGUUGAGCACAUAUCCCCAUGCCCGCCUCACAGCCAGCAAGUUCCUUCGAGACAAGGUUCCCGAUAACUCUCUUGGAUCGAUCCGCUUUCUUGAGCUCACUUUCCCGGCUUACAGCCACGAGGCGUGGCCUGAUCCGGAUGGGCCGGCAAUUAAAGAAUGGAUCGAGACCAUCAAACAUGUCAACGACAAACUCAACAAACCUGGCCUUACACUUCGUAUCAUCAUGGCAGAUGCUGCACACAGCGCACAAGAGACACAACGCACCAUGACGGAUGAGAACGGAGAGGUGGUCAAGCGUGCGUACACGAGUCUCAUCGAUCCGCUAAGAUGUUUGGGUCAGGACUGCACAGGCGAGCCCUUGCACAGAUUUUACGCCCAUCUUCCAGACCCAUUGGCGUGGACUGAAGCGAAUGAAGCGUUGCUUGCUGAAGAUCCAUGUAAAUACUUUCAUGGGAUCAACUUGAAAGAGCAAAAGCUACGUGAGGAGGCAGAGCGGUUAGUCUUGGGCGAUGAGCGCUAUGAGAAGCAGUGGGGCUUCGCCGGUGUAGACGUUGGGCACACUGGAGGAGGAGAGGGAAAGGAUGACUAUCAUGACGAUGGCAGAAGCGACAAAGAUAACGACUACGCGAUUAACGAGGCAUCUGGUACGUUGUUGGCCAAGACGUUGGAGGAAUGGGACGAGGAUGAAAAAGAGCUAAAGGAGCCAAAGGGAAGCUACUGGUUAUUCUUUCACCAUCUUCUUCGAUCGGGAGCUUUAUAG